AUGGCUGAGGUCGACGAAACUUUGAAGAAGAAGCGUACCUUCAGGAAGUUUACCUUCCGAGGGGUUGACUUAGAUCAGCUUCUGGAUAUGCCCAAUGAACAACUCAUGGAGUUAAUGCAUGCCCGCGCUCGCCGGCGAUUCGCGCGUGGUCUUAAGAGGAAACCAAUGGCGCUGGUAAAGAAACUGCGCCGUGCGAAGAAAGAAGCACCACCAAAUGAAAAACCCGAAAUUGUAAAGACACAUUUACGGAACAUGAUCAUAGUCCCAGAAAUGGUCGGAUCAAUUGUGGGGAUUUACAAUGGAAAGACAUUCAACCAGGUUGAAAUCAAGCCUGAGAUGAUUGGCCACUAUCUUGGAGAAUUUUCAGUCACAUACAAGCCUGUCAAGCACGGUAGACCUGGUAUUGGUGCCACCCACAGCUCCAGAUUCAUUCCUCUUAAGUAG